CUUCCACUUCCAUCAUCCCACCACCCACCACCCACCUCCACCACCACCGCCAGCCGCCGUCUCUGAUCCCCGCACCCUGAUCGCUCUCCGCACACGCCCGAGCGUCCGACAUGAGCUGGAAGGGUUUCACCAAGGGCGCCGUACGGGCGCCGCAACUGGUCAAGCAGCGAUUCAACAUUGGCGAAAUCACCAAGGACCCCAUAUACAUCGACGCCGAGCGCCGUUUCGCCGAUCUCGAGAACGAGACGAAGAAGCUGCACGAUGAGUCGAAGAAGUAUUUUGAUGCCAUCAACGGCAUGCUCGACCACCAGAUCGAGUUCUCAAAGGCGUGCGCCGAGAUUUACAAGCCUAUCUCCGGCCGAGCGAGUGACCCCGACUCGUACGUGAUAGACGGAAACCCGGAGGGCAUUCGGGCUUGCGAAGAAUACGAGCAGAUUGUGCAGGAGCUCAAAGCCAGUCUGGCUCCCGAGCUGGAGAUGAUCGAGACGCGCGUCGUGAAGCCUGCCGAUGAACUCAUGGAGAUCAUCAAAGUCGUGCGCAAAGCAUGUGUCAAGCGCGACCACAAGCAGGUCGACUACGAUCGUCAUCAGGCUACGCUUAAAAGCCUGCAGGAAAAGAAGGACAAGUCUCUCAAGGAUGAAAAAGCUCUCUACAAGGCAGAAAACAAUGUGGAAAUGGCGACGCAGGAGUACGAAUACUUCAACAACCUGAUCAAGGAGGAAUUGCCACAGCUGUUCAGACUGGAGAAGGAGUUCAUUCUGCCGCUCUUUCAGAGCUUUUAUUACAUGCAAUUGAACGUCUUUUAUACUCUGCACGAGAAGAUGCAGAGCAUUGAUAUUGGAUACUUCGAUCUGACCAAGGGCAUCGAAGAGUCUUUUGAAGAGAAGAGGGGCGACAUUCAGCAACAGGUCGAGGCUUUGUCCAUGGUCAAAUUCAAGACCACUGGCGGCCCUAGAAAACCGGCAGCGCUGAAGUAUGGUAAUCGACUCGCAAUCACCAACGGGAAAGCCGAGCCAGAGAAUCGAAGACUGACGAUCGAUGGAAACGCGCCGCCUGCUUACGAUACAAAGCCAUUAUCUACAAGUCUAGUGCAGAGGGCGAGCAGUACCGGGUCUAAUUGGACGUCUGCUGCAAAGGCGAAAGGUGCACCGCCACCUCCCAAGCCUAAGCCAGGGCGGUUGAGUGUAAUGCCCGCAACAGAACAAGUCACAGCACUGUACGACUACGAUGCGCAAGCAGAAGGAGAUUUGUCAUUCAAGACUGGUGAGAUUAUUGAGAUCGUGAGUAGAACGGACAACCAAAACGAGUGGUGGACAGGGAAAAUUGGUGUUCGGCAGGGACAGUUUCCUGGGAAUUACGUACAGCUCAACUCGUAGUGUGGCUUGAAAUGCCAAUAACUAAUUUGAGCCAUGCUGUUGACUUUUGCACUCAAUGACAGUGAUGAUAAUGUAUACAGGUCGAACGCGUGCAGAAUUCUGACGUUUCCCUGCAUUCGCUGAUAACAAGACUGAGCUGCGCAGCAAUUGAAGGAAACGUUGUAGCUACCAAGGAUCGGAGAUUGGUCGUUGCCAAUGACGCUGUCUUUGCUCGACGCGGCUCGGACUACAAGACAGGGCACAAUGCUGAUAUUGCGUUACUAGCUCUCCGUUCUGGAAAGGUGUGCAAUUAGCAGAUUGAAUCUGCUCGUAGUGGUAGAGACGAUGCUAUAUUGUGGAGAGGCUGGCAAUAACCUUUGCCUUGGGCCAUUGUACUACGAAUCGAUUCGAAUGUAGAUCUUCCAAGCAGCCGGCAAGCUGAUCAGACUCGAAAGUAAUACCACCGGUGGCAGAGUCACGUACGUCCACUUCAUGUCGCCCAUACGCAGGCCAAACCCGCAAAUCUUAAACGGACUAUGGCCACUUCGGAAGACCCGACCCUCCUUCUCCAGAAUUGCUACUCACAGCUUUUUGGACGAGCGCCGAGUCCAGGUAUGCCUUUGUCUGCACAAUGGUUCCGCUUUUAUCAAAACGCAGCAGCCAAGCGUAGCGCUGCGGAUACGGCAUACCGUUCAAGCAUACCGAGUCUGCCUUGAGCUCAACCGUAGCCCAUUCUUGGUCCCCGCCACCAAAGACAUUGACAACUUCCAGCGCGAGCGGCUCCUUCAGGACGGCAUUCACAACGCCGAGCGCUCCCUUCUUCCAUGCAUCUAAGCUAGUAAAGACACCCGCAGCCGGGUGCGUCCCCAUUACAUGCCAUUCCACUUGGGGCGAUACCCUGUCAAAGAACGGAGACGGAUCCGAGGUGCCCAGUGAUGAGGCAAAGCCUCUGAUCUCUGCUGCUGUUGGGUAGGGAGCCAUGUUUGCUGACAGAUGCACUCACUAAGACGGGAGUUCUGUGUCGAA